AUGAAAAUCCUGCUCUGUGACCUCCUGCUGCUCAGCCUGCUCUCCAGUGUGUUUAGCAGUUGUCCCAGGGACUGCCUCACCUGCCGGGAGAAACUCCACCCAGCCCUGCACAGCUUCAACCUGGAGCUGUGCAUCCUUGAGUGUGAAGAAAAGGUCUCCCCCAGCCCUCUCUGGACUCCGUGCACCAAGGUCAUGGCCAGGGGCCCCUGGCAGCUCAGCCCUGCUGACUCAGAGCACGUGGAGGCCGCUCUUGAGCAGCCUAGAGCCUCUGAGAUGCAGCAUCUGAAGCGAACACCCCGCGUCAGGAGCCUGCUCCAAACCCAGGAAGAUGCAGAGCCUGGCACAGAUGGGGCUGGUGAGCUGGAGCAGAAGCAGCUGCAGAAGAGGUUUGGGGGCUUUACUGGGGCCCGGAAGUCGGCCCGGAAGCUGGCCAACCAGAAGCGGUUCAGUGAGUUUAUGAGGCAGUACCUGGUCCUGAGCAUGCAGUCCAGCCAACGCCGUCGCACCCUGCACCAGAAUGGCAUCCAGGUGAUCCCCAAAACAGCAUGUGUCCAGUCCCAGACCUGCCGACUGGGAAUCAGGAUUCCUCCAUCCCCAAGACACUGAGCCCACGGCACCUCUCCAUCGUUUGUCCC